AUGCUGCCCAGCAGAGGCGUCCUUCGCUCCCUCCCCUCCGUGAGGGCGACCAGCAGCAUUUCGAGCCAAUCUGUAAAUUCCGCCCAAUCCCUGACCCCAGGCACUACGGCACAAGUCGCGCCCAACGCUAAUGCUCAACGGCCAGAUCUCCAGGUCAUCCAGACGACUCGGCGAUGGACGGCAAUUCGGAACCUCCCUGCGCAGCAGUGGUGCGCCCUGGACCUCUCUGAGGACCGAUUGGGCGGCCUCGCCGGCACAGUAGCCAUCGGCGGAUCCUUCGAGUCGAGACGAGCCUUCUCCCUCUGGAACUCAAAGCCCGAGCCCGCGGCACCGGCCCCGACACCAGCAGCUCCCGCAGCAGCUCCCGCACAACCUCCCGUCGAACCUGCCGCUGUCGACGCCGCCUCUGCCUCCGCGCCCUCCAUCCCCACCCCCGAACCAGCUCUCGCUGCCGCCACCCCCUCGGGCUCUAUUCCUGACCUCGACGCCGCCGCGCUCCUCGACCUCCCGGAACAGAUCGGCUUCCUCAAGACUCUCGGCCUCGAUUUCGGCUGGGGCCCCUCAAGCGUGAUGCAGUGGGCCUUUGAGCACCUCCAUGUCUACUCAGGCCUGCCCUGGUGGGGUUCCAUCGCCGCGACCGCCAUCCUCCUGCGUAUCGUCAUGUUCAAGCCCCUCCUCAUGUCCCAGGACACCUCGGCGCGCAUGCAGAAGCUGCAGCAAGACCCCAAGUACGAGGAGAUCCGCACCGGUCUGCAAGAGGCCAUGUCCCGUGGCGACUCGGCCGGCAUGGCUGAGCUCCGUCGCGACUUGUCCAUGAUGAACAAGCGCGCUGGAGUGAACCCUCUGAACGGUCUCUGGGGUCUCCUUCAGAUUCCCUUUGGAUACGGCAUGUUCCGUGUCCUGAACGGUGCUGCGUCCAUCCCCGUUCCUGGAAUGGAGACGGGUGGUUUCCUCUGGAUUAGCGACCUGACCGUGUCUGACCCCUUCUUCCUCCUGCCCAUUGCCGGUCCUUUCGCCAUGUUCGCCAUGGUCAAGCUCGGCUCCCGUUACGCCACACCCCAGGCCAAGGCCCAGCAGAAGCUGAUGAUGUACAUUCUCGGCCCCCUGUCCGUCAUUUUCACCGCCUACCUCCCUGCCGGCGUCCAAUGGUACUUCUUUAUCACUGGUCUUGUCGGUGUCCUCCAGAACUGGCUCUUCACCAAGGCCGGCUUCCGCAACUUCUUUGGCCUUAUGCCCCUCCCCUCAACGCCCGCGCCCGCCACUACGACCGCCCCUCCCUCCCGCCUGACAUACCAAGCUCCCCGCCGCGCCGCGGCCUCCGCUCCCGCUGAGACGCCUGCCCAGGACGGCAGCAUUAGCGGCGUCAUCAACAGCCUGAAGCAGACUGUACACAACGCCAAGGGCGGUGCCGGAAACUACAUGGAGGCGAACCGCUCGAAGGAAGAAGCGAAGCAGGCAAAGAAGUAUGCUGAGAAGCGAGGCGAGCAGGAGAGACAGAAGUUCUGGAGCGAGAUGCGCAAGAAAUGA